AUGAUUGGCCACGUUUCUUCAAAAUCCCGAGCUUGUCGUCACUUCAUAGAAAAAGCUGGCAACGAACGAAAGAUAUGCCUGUUGGGUAGCCCCUGCCUGAAGGGUGUGUUGAUCGUGUUGAUAGAAAAGAGAUUUUGCGUUCUGAACUCAGAGAAGCCAGGAUUACCUCUCCACCACCUGGCUGACCAUACUCGUGCCAUGGAAGUGUGUGUGGACAAUGCUCGUUCAGCCUUGAACGCAGUGGCUGGUGGAGCUCGCCGCCUUGAGUUAUGUUCCUCAUUAGUUGAAGGAGGAUUGACACCCUCCCCAGGGAUGCUGAAACAUUUGAAGCAAACUCUCCCCGAGACAUGCAUCUUUGUUUUAAUCCGCCCUCGAGGAGGCGAUUUCCUUUUUGAUAACACGGAGCUGAGGAUAAUGCAAGAAGAUAUUCGGAUUUUGAGCCAAAACGGAGCCGACGGAUUUGUAUUUGGUUGCUUAACAAGCGACGGCCACGUGGAUGAAUCGGCUUGUAGAGUAUUGAAGGCCGUGUGUGAAGGAAAGCCAAUGACCUUCCAUCGAGCUUUUGAUAUGGUUGCCGAUCCCUUGAGGACUGCCAAAACUUUGAUUGACCUUGGUUUUCAUCGUAUUCUGAGCAGUGGACAAUCGCCAAGUGCUUGGGAAGGACGUCUGCUACUUCGGUCAUUGGUGGAGGCUGUCGGCGAUGAAAUUGUUGUCAUGCCGGGAGGAGGCAUAUCUUCUGACAACUUGGAGGAUAUACUCGUAACCACGCGCUGUAAGGAAUUCCAUGCUAGCGCCCGAGAGACAGUCCAAUCCAAGAUGUUAUUUCGAAAUGAAAUGUGUUCCAUGGGAUCAAACAGUGAGGAGUUCACGAUGAAAGUGACCUCCAUGGAAAAGGUGUCUUCGCUCGUCAAACUGUUUGCUGAAGUCCAGCAACGAUUGGAUCAAAAUAUGUCAAGAAAUAUUUGGAAUGAAAAAGAUCAGUGAGGCGAAGCUCGAAAUAAGAAAUUGGUCUUUCAUUUCUACAGAGUCCGAAAUAAAUUCACAUUUUGUCAUA